AUGUCCAACUCCAACUCCAACCAAGCGACGACUCGCCAGCAGCAGGGCUCUGGCGGCAACUCCUACGGCACAGUCUUCUACAGCUCCUCAGCCUCCUUCUCAACAUCGACAUCCAGCUCGACAGGCGGAGGCGAUCCACAGACCCGGAACCACGCGCAGCGCUAUACCGAGACCAUGACCAGCAACGACCGCGACGGGACCAACAUCCGCCGUCUGUCCGAGGAGACAGGGCGGGCGCCCCGGAGCGAGGAGACGUACAUCCCGCCCCGGGGUGGUGGCCGGGGGAUCGACCGCGGCACUGACGGCGGCGCCGGGAGGAUCGAGGAUGUCACUGACCGGGACGAGGACGACCAGGCAGCGAGGGAUCGCAAGUAUGAGGAGAGGAUGGAGGACGAGUAUGCCAAGCGGGAAGGCGGUGCUUGA